UCUCUCCACGAAAUCCUUCGUUCUCGAAAUGCGGUGGCUUUCUUGAUAAUCCGUCUUAGAGGGAGAGUUCUUUCUUUCAUCUAUUGUUGAAAAUCUCUGGAUCGGCGAGAUUGGAGAGCUUCUUGUCUCGUUUUCUUUCCUUUUGACCGGGGCACGAUAUUCACAAUCUCUCUUGCGGAAGAAUGAGCUGGAAAGAAGAGAAAAAAAAGGACUACCUAUAAACUAAAGGGGACAUUCAUGCGUAACUGACCUCUGUCAUCCUUGCCGCAGGGAGCGAGAUAGGAUUUCCAAACGCUCACGUUUUCGUCGAGAGAUAUAUCGAGCUUGAUCUCUUGGAGACAUCGACAUACAAUCUUUGUCGGGAAGAUUUUCUCAUCGUGUCUCGAGCAUGAGCUGCGAUGAAUCAGUAUUUGCAGCCCAGUGACCUGCAUUGGACAGCUGAGAACUGGGAACUCCAGACCGGUGGUGGUGGUGGUGGUGGAUCAAGCGUCAUAGUCGGCGGCAGUGACUCUCUAAGUUCAAGGCAUCCAGGGGCUCAUCGUCCAUCGGAGUGGGAGUGGGAGAAUUAUCAGCAGCUUGCAGCUCAAAAUAUGGCCGCCACUGAUAGCGUCCAUGACGCUGGAGAACGAUCAAAGAUGUCUCAGCUAGUUCCUGGUUUUCUCAAGCCGAUCUUACAGUCUUCCUCUGGGAGCCUCCACAGCGUUACCAACGUUGCUCAUGGUCUAUUCCAGCCACACCAGCAGCCUUUCAUGCCAGGAAGUCACGGGAUCUCAACUCUAGACUUUCGAGGACUUGGAGGAGUCGGGGGACAGGGAGAAGCUCUAGAGGCCGCUCAGCCACUACCGUAUGGAUCGCAAGGCUUUCCAGGUGUGGCAGCAGCGGUUCUUCCUUUCGCAAACAUGAGUGGAAGUUUUGUUCCGGGAAGCGGCCACGAUCCAAGGUUGUUUCAAGAGCAGCGGAGACGACUGUAUGGGCUGCUGGAGAUGGAUCCCAGGAACUUCGCCGACGGCAUGAAAAGGGAGGAUUUCUACGCAACAGCGGAGGCCAACGCUCGAAUCGGGCUGAAUCUGGGUGUGAGGACGUACUUCUCGACGGAAGACACGCUAGCGAGGCUGGGGAAAAGGCCCCGAGCAAAUUCCCCGGGAGCUCAAGUACCACUGUGUCAGGCGGAAGGAUGCAAGGCCGAUUUGAGUGGAGCAAAGCACUAUCACCGUCGACACAAAGUGUGCGAAUUGCAUUCCAAGGCGGCUACUGUCACUGCAAACGGGCAGACCCAACGCUUCUGCCAACAAUGCAGCCGAUUUCAUCCGCUCAGCGAGUUUGACGAGGGGAAACGAAGUUGCAGGAAGCGGUUGGCUGACCACAACAGACGAAGGAGGAAGCCUCAGCCCGUUGUCUCUUCAGCAGCGGUGCCAAAGGAGGAGGAAGCAACAGCCGACGAAAAGCUCCCCACUUCUCCGACAUCCUCGCAAGAGCACUCGGACAGCAAGACCGCAGGGUCGGGUGACAGCCUACAGUUACGGUCUCCGCGCGUAUCAGCAACAGCUAGUAAGCCCGAGGACGCAAGUGGUGCUCACUCUGCUCUGUUAAGUGACCGGCCACCGGGCAACACCCAGGCCUUGCUCUCGGCCUUGUCCCCCAAGAACACGGAGGAGGCACCCGCCGGCUACGAUCUUCUCGCCAAAGGGGCGAGCUUAUCUCUCUCAUCGCCGGCAGCAGCAGCAGCAGCUGGCAGCUCAGGUGGACAGCAGCACUCGAGCGUGGUUGAUGUCGACGGGCAUGAUCAUGUCAACAGCAGCGGGAUAUCGAUAUCUUCGUGGCUGAAACCUCCGCCAGAGCCGAAGAACAGCGGCAGCAUUUCAGCGUCGUUAGCUGGCUUCGGCGUCACGGCGAACAGUACAGGUGCUUCGGCUGGCAGUAGCAGUUCGUCACGGUCGUCCCUUCACAACGUUUUGCAGUCGUCCCCUCCUUUGGACAGUCAGAGUCGUGGUUGGGCUUUCACGGCAACAAAUGCGGGUGGUGGUGGUGGAGACCAAAGUCAGCAGCUCCAGUCUUACGAUACUUUGCGGGCAGCAGGAGGUUUGGAUGGACAGCAGCAUCAAAUCUAUGGCUUGAUGGACAGUAGUAAUGCGUUUGCAUCUUCACCGCAGCAGCAGCAGCAGCAGCGACACGUGAACGAACCAGGCAUUAAUGAUCACGUCCGAGGGGGCCGUCUCAUUCAUGGAACUUAAGAAGCAUUGAGCCCGUGGCCGAAAGGAACGGGAAAUCGUCAGUCGAGGAAGGACUAUGCUGGACGUAAUUUAAACGUGACAACAAGAUUCAAGAACAUCAAA